GCAAAACCGAAAGUCGAUUGAGUCUUUUGUGAAUUAUUUAAUUUGUUUUAUUAAUUUUAAGGAAAUGUCGAACGAUAAUAACUUGGAUUUGCACUAUGUGCAGCAGUCCUUUCAACGUAGUUUGAAAGAAGACGACGACGUGAUCAUAGAGGCUUACAUAGAUGGAUACAAUGAGCUAGUCAAAUUCCUAAACUUAAUAGGCACAGUAUUUUCGUUCGUAAGCAGCGAUGUGAAGUCGAAGAUCAAAGUGAUGGAGAAACACAGGGAGGGCGAGCAUGCGGUCUACUACGACUCCUUCCAGAAGAUGAUGAAGUAUGAGAAGGACACCAACUUGCACGAAAAGAGCGGUUUCGUCUCUGGGUCCAGGACUAUGUUGCGGUUGCAUAGAGGUUUGGACUUCAUCCGUCUCUUCCUGAAGCGCAUAAGCGAGGCGGAAGACUCCGCGAACACGUGCGCGGUCUGCCAAGCGGCGUACAACGAGACGUUAGCGGAGUUCCACCCCUGGUACAUCAGGAAAGCAGCCACCCUUGCCAUGCACGCGCUGCCGCACCGUCCCGACCUGCUCAAAAAGAUCUUCGGAAACGAUGAAAGCCUGACUGCUGCGUUAGCCAUCUUGCCUCAAACCCUCUCGUCUUGCGACGAGGUCUACCAGCGAGUCCAGAGACUGUACACUGAGUUCGACUUCCACGGACUACCCUAACUCGGUGAUACCAGUAAGAAGGUUUUUAUUUUGCAAAGAGUUUUUAUGGAAACCAAUUUGAGGUGAGAACUAUUC